GCUGCCACUAUACAAUAAUAACAUACCUGCACGACUAAAUAAAUUAGUUUUACUGAAAAUCCACGGCUUGUAAGAGUCUCUCCUUACAUCUAAACCCUAUAGCAACUGUUAGCCUCUCCCUGUUCUCCUCUCUCUCGCGUGCGUGCGGUAGGAAGAAAAUGAAGAUUCUUUCAGUUGCAGUCAGGUCAUUAAGUGGCAAUUUGUCACAUCGAUUUCAUCAGGCCCAUUUGCUCAGAAGUCUCUCCACUUGGAGAAUUACAGAUAAUAGGACUGUUAAUCACCAGGAUAACAAGUCAGAGUCGCCUGAGGAGUUUGAGCAUAAAAUAUUUGGUGAAGUUCCUGUGCAAAAUUCCCAAUUUGAUUCCAUUCUUGAAAGGAUUUAUCGACAGGGAAAAGCUCGAGAUAGACCUGGUUCAGUAGAUGGUGAUAGUUCUGGGUUUAUGCAUGAUCUAGAAGAAAGUUAUGACACAUUAUCUGAUGGAAUGGAUGGAAAACUGAAGCAAGCUGCCACCUACUUUGAAUUUGAUCCGGAUGAAGUCGAUAAAGAAGAUUAUGCUUUUCGAUAUGAUGCCAACUUUCCUCCUGGUUCAACAUAUGAUAUAAAGGCUCUGGAUCUUACAAAACCUGGUGCACGCAAACCUGCCAAAAGGGAUGAAUUUGUAGUAACCACCAAAGAAGUUCUUAGUCAAGCAGAUUUCAGGAAUGUUAGAUUCCUGGCAAACUUCAUAACAGAGGCUGGAAUUAUUAUCAAGAGAAGCAAGACUGGCAUUAGUGCAAAGGCUCAAAGGAAGGUUGCCAGGGAAAUUAAAACUGCUCGAGCAUUUGGCUUGAUGCCCUUUACAACAAUGGGUACGAAGUCAUUUCUUUUUGGGAGAACUAUGGAGAGUCUUGAUGAAGACUACGCCUACCGGAGUACUACGACUAGGAACGUGGAUGCAGAACUUCAUAUGGAAGGAGACGACGUUUAAAACAUUGAUAAAAAUACUUAUGCUGUUGGGUUGAAGUAGCAUCAUCUCAUCUUUUAAAUUUUAUUUUCUCCUUGUUCAGGAGCUCUUGAAAUUUAUUGAUUUUGCUGGUAGACCUUGAUUAAUAAGGUGGUUGCGGAGUUUAUACUUGUACAACAUUCUACUUCUAAAGCCAAGUGGAAUUAUUGACUUGUAUCCAAUGUUUUAAAUAUUAGAUUAUCAAUUGACUUGAUAAAUACAGUAACUCAUGAUUCAUUGGUCUU